AGGAUCAGCCCCCAGUUUGUCUCGGUACUAGGUACCAUGCAGAUCCAAGCACAAGGGUAGAAACCAUCCUGGACCAGGCAGGUCAUCCCCAUACCUAACUAACUCCUGAAGCUUCAACUAAAGGGUUGAGAUCGCUUUUUUUCUGCACAACAAAACAGUAGGCAAGGAAAAAUCGUGUCAGAAAAUCACAAUGUUAUCACAUUCUGCCAUGGUCAAAGAGAGGAAACAACAAGCAUCAGCCAUUAUGGAUGAAAUACACAGAAAUGUCUCACCCAGCUUAAACCUCGGAAAAAAGGUCAGCACCCCCAGAGAUAUCAUGGUAGAGGAGCUGUCGACACUCAGCAACAGAGGUGCAAGACUCUUCAAGAGACGUCAGCGGAGAUCUGACAAAUACACAUAUGAAAAUUAUCAUUAUGUAGCAAACAAGCCAAGAAAUCGUGGAGAGCCCAUACAGAGUGUUAAAAUGGACGGCCUCAGUGUGGAAGGAAUUUCCCAGCAUGCCCCAUUGACACCUCCUAAUACACCAGAUCCCCGGAGCCCACCACAUCCUGACAACAUUGCCCCAGGAUAUUCUGGACCAUUGAAAGAAAUUCCUCCUGAAAAGUUCAACACUACUUCUGUGCCAAAGUAUUAUCAGUCUCCCUGGAUAGAAGCCAUUAGGGAUGAUCCAGAGCUGCUGGAAGCUUUAUAUCCUAAACUUUUUAAACCUGAAGCAAAGCCAGAACUGCCUGACUACAGGAGCUUUAACAGAGUUGCCACUCCAUUUGGUGGUUUUGAGAGAGCAUCAAAGCUGGUUAAAUUCAAAGUACCAGAUUUUAAUCUACUGAUGCUAAACGACCCCAGAUUCAUGAUCCUUGCAAACCCUCUUGCUACCAGAAGAUCCUUCAAUAGGACUCCUAAAGGAUGGACGUCCGAGAAUAUUCCUGUAGUCUUCAUUCAGCCAGCGGAUUCCAACACUGUUCCAGAAACAGAGGAUCUGUGAGAGAAGCUGCACUCUACAUCGUACAAAAUGCUGAAAGCUGCACAUCCAUGUAUUUUUGGUCCAAAUAUUACUAAAGGCUACUGACAAAACUUUUCCUUGGCAGCUAGAGUAUAAGUAAUAAUGUCUGAUGCAGUGUCUCCUUUCUGGCACCUAGUUUCAUCUGUAGACGUAAUAUAAAUAAAGUAACUUGGCAAAGGU